AUGUGGAAGCUUUCGGUUGGCUUGAGGGCAGGAAAUGCUCCAGAGGUCUGUCCACGACUGAGAGCCCUGUGCGAUCAUGCUGGCGUUCGGGGCGAUGUUGUCAACAGGCUCGAUGCUGCGCUCAGCCGACUACCAAAAGCGGAGAAAGGCAUGCAAGCCUUGGAACAAAUCUUGGCCAAGGCUGCUGAGGAUGAGAAGGACCUCACCGAAGUUGUGCUGCAGCAGGCUGACCUCAUGGAAACUUUCAGAUUCCACGCAGAGGAGCUUUGUGACCCCGAAAUCUGGGAAACCGUUUGCAGCCUGGACAUGAAGAUGGCUGCCCGGAUCAUUGAGCUUGUGAAGCUGCGUGGGAAGCCGGCGUUGCAGGUGUUUAAAGAGAGCAUGAAGUUCACAUCCGAUGUGGUGGGCUUGCUUGCCGACUUGGAGCAUGGGCCGGGAUCACCCAAGCGUAGCCGCUCACCGCCGGCAGCAAAAUCGGCGUCGCGACGCAGCAAGAAGCGCAAUGUUUUGCCGUGA